AUGGACCUCUUUCGCACAUCGACGCGGCCCUUGGCUGGUCUCAAGGCCUCACUACGGCACUGUACAGCUCAGAAGAGAUACAGGCAUGAACGGAUACGAAAGAAUCCCGCCCUGAUCGAUGGAUGGGAUCUCAUGAUCGGGAAGAACAUGCCUCCGAAGCAGGGCUUCUGGCAGAAAGAGGCACCAGCUGCCCCAGAACCAAAGCAUAAAAAGAUCAAAAUCCACAAUCCCCCCGUUUCCGAAGCUCUGCGCUGCCCAACGCCUACCAUUACCUGGAACCAGCAGCAAGUCGCCGCUCUUGAUCCCCUCGGUCAGCGUGAACGCCUCUUCAGUCGCUCCUACCCCGAGCACGCCAAUGUCGGCGAUGUCCUGCUCGUCAAGCUACGAAACGGCGAUCCGUUCGUCGGCGUCUGCAUAAGCAUCAAGCGCGGUAUAGACGCGGCGGAGGGUAGGAUAGGUGCUGAUACAUCAAUACUGCUGCGGAACCAUCUGACGGCGAUUGGUGUUGAGAUGAGCUUCAAGAUCUUCAGUCCAAACGUGUCGGGUAUUGAGGUUGUGGAGAGGGCGAGGAAGCGGGCAAGGAGAGCGAGAUUGUACUACAUGAGGAAUAAGAAGCAUGAUCGUGGUUCUUUGGCGGGUGUGUUGGAGAGAUAUCAGAAUGAGAGGGCGGGAAUUACGGGUACGGGGGCGCGGAAGGUGAAGAGUAAGAAGAGGAGGUAG